AUGAGUAAUAAACGUAAACACGCUUUAUAUGAUGUUCAGCAAAAGCUGGAUGUCAUCGAAAGAAUACGAAACGGCGAAACUCGCAUUAAACUUGAUGAAGGUGGUUUAAGACGCAAGAGAGCCAGAACAGCAAAAGAUCCAGAAUUAGACAAAGCAACUUUUAAUGCAUUUUGUGAGGCUAGAAACAAUGGUAUCCCUAUUUCUGGUCCAGUCAUCCAAGCGCAGGCAGAAAAAUUAUACAAGGAAAUUCAUGGUCCCGAUGCAGAUCCUGAGUUUACAGUUUCAAGUGGCUGGUUGAAAAGGUGGAAACAGCCACACGGCAUUUCACAAGUAAAGAUCAAUGGAGAGAUUAAGUCAGCAAACACUGUAGCAGCAGAAGUGUUCAUUCCCAAAUUUCAACAAUUCAUAGAAGAACAGCAGCUAACAGAAGAGAUGAUUUUCAACGCUGAUGAAACGGGCCUUUACUACAAAAUACUGCCUGAUAGGACUUUAGCCACGAAGAAAGACAAGACCAGCAAAGAAGGUUAUAAACAGAUCAAAGACAGGGUGACAAUGUUAUUUUGCUGUAACUGGACGGGUCAUCACAAGCUAACACCUCUUUGUAUUGGCAAGUUUGGUUCCCCAAGAUGUUUCCACAACAUCAACAUGUCAUCAUUACCACUGGACUACGAUCACAGCAAGAAUGCCUGGAUGACAGCAGCAAUUUUUGAGAAGUGGUUUCAUCAGACGUUCAUCCCUGAUGUUCGUAGGCACCUUAGAAGUAAGGUAAUGGAACCACAAGCAUGCCUACUUCUAGACAACUGUCCAGCCCACCCCCCUGCAGAGACGUUGAAGUCCAGAGAUGGCAAGAUUUUCAUUUAUUACCUUCCAAAGAAUACAACGUCCAAGAUUCAGCCCCUAGAUCAAGGCAUCAUUUCUGUGUUCAAGGCCAAUUAUAGACGGGAGAUGAUAAAGUCCAUGGUUGAAGAAGAUAAGAGUGUCCCUAUGUUCCUGAAGACUGUAAGAAUUAAAGAAGCACUGUAUUUGUCUGAGUCAGCCUGGGGAGCAAUCAAGCCUGAAACAAUUCAAAAUUGUUGGACUAAAGCCCUUGGAGGUCCCAUCACAGAGAACCCCACUACUGUUGAAGAAGACGAAGAUGAAGACUUCCUAGGUUUCAGUCCAGAAGAACAUCCUCCAUUUCGCUCUGAAGAAAACCACAAUGAAGAUGAAGAAGAAGAAGAAGAUCCUGUCCCAGUACCUCCAACUAGAACCGCUGAUGAUGCAGUUAACGGACUUGAAGUGGCCUUAGAGUACUACGAGCGUGUGGGGGAUAAAGUAAAGACACUACAGCUGAAGUCUCUCAUAAGAGAUGCCAAGAUGAGAGCUUCUAGGAAUAAGAAGCAAGCUGACAUCACCUCGUAUUUUACUAAAAAAUAA